UCACCAACAGCACAAAAGAACCUUUCACUUUUCUCUCCCACUCUUUUACAACUCACAUAUAUAUCACUUUACGUAAACGGUAAACCACACUAUUCAACACACACAACCAUGGCCUCUUCACAAGCCCUCUUUUUGCUGACAUUGUCUAUGGUUUUAAUUUCUUUUUCAUUAGCUCAGUCCCCCAUGAUGGCUCCUUCUGGCUCAAUGUCCAUGCCACCAAUGCCUAGCGGCGGCUCUCCGAUGCCAAUGAUGACUCCACCUCCUAUGCCGAUGAUGACUCCACCUCCUAUGCCUAUGACUCCACCUCCUAUGCCCAUGGCUCCACCACCAAUGCCCAUGGCUCCAUCACCUAUGACGCCAAUGAGUCCAUCAACUACUCCUAUGGGCCCAAGCCCCGCAUCAGUCCCUGACAUGGCUUCCCCACCGAUGCCGGCAAUGGAAUCUGCUCCUUCUCCGGGACCCAUGCCACCAACAAUGGCCUCCCCGGAUUCAGGAGCUUUCAAUGUAAGAAACGACGUUGUAGCAUUUUCUUUCGUUGUGGCAGCUCAUUUGCUCCUCGUUUGAGAUUAUGUUGCAUUGGUCAGCUUCGUUUUCUUGUAAUUUACUUUUAUUUUUUCGAGCCAAUAGUUUUCAUCGUUUUAUCAUGUUUGCCUUUCAUAUGUACGAUUCAGACAUCUGCUUGGUUAAUAAAUUUAUCGUUGAUGUAUGUGAUAAAAAUUAA